AUGACCAGGUCUGUGCGGGACGAGCCGGUGUCAGUGAAGUCGGAGGAUCAUCAGGAUCUGCUGCUCAGCCCAACGGAGGGAGAAUUAGAGAGAGGAGGAGGAGAAGAGGAGGAGGAGGACGAGGAUCAUUUCCACCAUCUGGACGAGGAAGAGGAGGAAGAAGAAGAAGAAGAGGAAGAGGAGGAUGAUGGGGAGAAUAAACCGAAGAGGAGAGGACCGAAGAAGAAGAAGAUGACGAAGGCUCGCAUGCAGAGAUUUAAAGUCCGUCGGAUGAAAGCUAACGCCAGAGAGAGGAAUCGCAUGCACGGGCUGAACGACGCUCUGGAGAGUCUGAGGAAAGUCGUCCCUUGUUACUCCAAAACCCAGAAACUGUCCAAGAUCGAGACACUCCGCCUGGCCAAGAACUACAUCUGGGCCCUGAGCGAGGUCCUGCGCUCAGGCAAGGCACCAGACCUCAUGAGCUUCGUCCAGGCGCUCUGCAAAGGUCUGUCUCAACCAACCACCAACCUGGUAGCGGGCUGCCUGCAGCUGAACCCUCGGACCUUCCUGCCCGAGCAGACCCCCGACCUGCCCACUCACCUCCCCUCUGCUGGCGCCGCAGUCUAUCCCGGACACUUCUCCUACCAGAGUCCUGGGCUGACAGCGGGUCUGCCCAGCCCACCCUACGGUACCAUGGACCCCUCCCACAUCUUCCACCAGGUCAAAGGUCAGCCCUAUGGCCCUCUGGAGCCCUUCUUUGACGGCGUCCUGGUUUCGGACGGCCCGGCGUUCGACCCUCCCCUCAGCCCGCCUCUCAGCAUCAACGGGAACUUCUCCUCGUCCUUCAAACACGAUGCCGUCGCAGCCUCCGAUUACGACAAGAGCUUCUCCUUCAGCGUGCACUAUGGAGGGGGAGGGGCGGGGGCAGGGGGACACGUUGCCAUCUAUGGCGGUGGCGGGGGGUCCAACCCCCGGUGCGGGGAACUGCAGGUGGACGGGCUGAUGGGCUUUGAUGGACACUCACACCAUGAGCGGAUGAUGAACGCCCAGCUGAAUGCCAUCUUCCAUGACUCCUGA